GUCACCUGGAAGCAGGAGUGCAGGACACAACAGGGUGUGGUUUACCCAGAACUGGAUUAGUGACUCUGGCUGUGUUACUACAUGUUGGACUGCAGAGGAAAUGAUGGCUAGAAGAAAAUGUGAGAGAAGUUCACUACCACCCCUCGUCCCCUCUCCCCCACCCUCUCAUAUUUCCUCCUUCAUAUCGCCCUUCUACGUGAUGGGCGCCACCCUCCGCUGAUAAGCAGCAAAACGAGGAGGAGCUCUCUCGCGGGGCUCCUCCUUCCGUUGCCUUCGUUUUCUUUCACUUGACCCCCCACACACACACUCGUCUCCACCUCCUCCUCCUUCUUGCAGCCUGCCUGGUCGAGAGGGAGAGAGGGAAGAUGAUAAAAAAGAAGUAAAAGAGAAGAGAGCGUGGGGGAUCUUAUUUUCUUACGAGCGGAAAAGGCGUCACACCGGGUGCAGAGCGCAGCACGGAGGACGGAAGGGAGGGAGACGCAUCACGGCGAGAGAGAUAGAAAAGACGGAGGGAGGAGGCGGCAGCGGGUCGUAAACACGACAGAAAACGGCGAAUAGGACGGCAGACAGCGGCGAUCAUCCCCCACCGCCAACCCCGUGUCCCUCCUCAUCUUUCCAUCUCCAUCCUUUUCUGCACCGUUUGGCUCAUCCCAUUGCGCACCAGCAGCUCGGUGUUUCCUGUUUUCUCUCUUUAUUUUAAUCUUUUUCUGGACAAACCUCUGCUCGAUCUUUCGAAUAAACAUCAGAGGCAAGAGAGGAGGCUGUGCCAUCACUACGACCGACAGGAUCCACUGUAAGUCCUGCUUGGGACGAUCAUCGGCGCAACUGAUCCGGUGGAUAAAGCCGGAGGAGGGGGGUAAACAUUGCGAGAUGACUGUAGAGUAACCCGGCUGAAGCACACAGAGGACUCCGGCCCCCAGUUAUCACAGAGACUCCAGCAUCACCCAUGCGAUGGCAUAGCGGCUUCUGCAGUAAAACUACCAGACUAGACUCAGAUCAGCAGGGCUCUUAUCCACCAUGAACCUCUGAAAGACAUCCGACACAGGCACAGAUGGUUUUCGACCGUUUCACACAGUCUUCAUCAGCAGAUCGAGUUUGCUCAUUUGUCAUGCAACUAACCCUGACCUCUAGGACCUCUCAAAGUCGAGCUUGAGUAAGAUGAAAAUGCGGCGGCACAGGGUGUUCUUGCUGUGCACGGUGGGCCUGUGCGUCAUCUCCUUCCUCCACUACUACAAGGCCCUCCACUACGUUUCCCUGCUGCGUGAGCUGUCCGCCCCGUACCCCAACAUCAAGUCUUUCAUCAUGGUCACCGGCUUCUUCUGGAGGGAGAAGGGUGUGGCCACCACCCCGCUCAGCCCAGCCUCCCCUGAAGAGGCCCCUCCCCUACCCAUUCUCCGUCAAUCGGACACCAAAGCUAGAGCUGUGGCGGGUGCUGUAGGAGGAGGAGGAGGGGGAGGAGGAGUGGGUCUGGGUAUUGGGGGGGUGAUGGUUCGAGGUGCUGGAAUUGUUGGCAGCACAGGGCUGGAGGUGAGGUUGAGGGAGGAGCCGGCGCCCCCUCACCCUUGGGAGAAACCAGAGGAGAGCCAGCGGGGAGACACUCCGAAUGAGGAGAAAGCUGAAGACCACUUGAAGCCGCGGAACCCCAGCCACCAAGCCCAACCUGCUGGGCCUGACCUCCCAGAGGUCCCAUUGGUGGGAAAAGAGCACCGGGCAGUGUUCCUCAAGGACCCCUUAGAAACUCUGGGAGACCUCCACACGCGCACACACCAACUUCAUGAUGACAAAACAUCUUACUUUGUCCGAACCAAAGCUGGAGCCCUUUGCUUCAGGCAGGGGACGGAGGUGGCUACCCCAAAGGAGUACUCUGGGAAAUCAGGGGGGUCUGUGGCCAAUGGAGCUGGGGAAGGUGCUCGAGCUGGGCCUGCUGGGCAACGCAAACCUCUGGAGGUCCAGCAGCAGCCCUCCGUAGCUCCGAAAACCAAGGCCAGGGCCAGAGGCAACGGGAAGCGGUUGGUUAAGUGUGUGUGUCGGCCGGGAUGGCACGGACCUUAUUGUGGGGUUCCCACCAUGGUGUAUCACUCCAAUCUGCCCACCAAGGAACGGCUGACGCCCAGAGAAACCCCACGGAGGGUGAUCAAUGCCAUCAACGUUAACCACGAGUUUGACCUACUGCAUGUACGCUUUCAUGAGCUUGCCCAAGCCGUUGAUCUGUUCCUCGUUUGUGAAUCCAACUUUACUGCCUAUGGAGAGAAACGGCCUCUGAGAUUCCUGCGGCUCCUCCUCAAUGGCACGUAUGACUACAUACGUCACAAGAUCCUGUACGUGUUCCUCGACCACUUUCCAGAGGGCGGUCGGCAGGACGGCUGGAUUGCUGAUGACUACCUGCGUACCUUUCUGACACACAAUGGCAUGUCUAGGGUAUUGGGCGCAAGAUCAGACGAUGUAUUCGUCAUCAAUGACGCAGAUGAAAUCCCAGCACAUGAGGGCCUCCUUUUCCUCAAGCUGUUUGAUGGCUGGACAGAACCUUUUGCCAUUCACAUGCGCAAGUCAUUGUAUGGAUUUUUCUGGAAGCAAUUUGGCUCUCUAGAGGUGGUAUCAGGCUGCACGGUAGGGAUGCUCCGUGACGUCUACGAUGGCGACGGUAUCAAGCUCCGCCGUCGCGAAUACUACACCAUGCCGGGUUUCCGUAAGUACGAGAACGACACAGGCCACAUCCUGGUGCAGUGGUCAGUGGGCAGCCCCUUCCACUUCGCCGGAUGGCACUGCUCCUGGUGCUUCACACCCGAGGGGAUCUACUUCAAGCUGGUGUCAGCGCAGAACGGAGACUUCCCACGGUGGGGCGACUACGAGGAUAAGCGUGACCUCAACUACAUCCGCGAUCUGAUCCGGACAGGGGGCUGGUUCGAUGGCUCCCUGCAGGAAUAUCCCCCUGUGGACCCCAAAGAGCACAUGUACGCUCCCAAGUACAUGCUGGAGCACUUUGACAGGUACCGCUACCUCCUGGAGAACCCUUACAAUAAAGUGUCCAGACUGAGUGAGGGCUAGGAGUUCAGCUAGGAAAAGAUACGUGAAAUAACAGGUAGGUCCCGAUUAAGGCCUCAGCACUGAGUUUUGGGGGGCAGAACGGUACUGAUGAACUACAUCUCACAUUGGAGCGCAAUACAUGUAUCUCCACCAGGCAGCACUGAUGUUGCAGGGAUUUAAAAUCUCUUAAAAAUCAUUAUUUUGGGGUCAAAAAGGGAACACUUAAUCACAUCCACCAUGGAUUUACAGAGAGAUUAUUAAGAGGAUACAACCACUGGAUAAGCAAAAUCAUAGUUUUCCUCAUUCCUUCCUUUUUGGGGGAGGAGCCAAGCUAUCUCUCUUUUUGUCACCUCGCCCCUGUCCUCCUUUCUUCACCCGAGCCAAUACAACAACACGACUGCUGUCUGAGAGAAAUGCGCCACUUCGAAGUAACGAGAGGGAUAUUUCGAAGCCAUUUGAAACCUGUGGAGACAAGAAACUUGGAAGUGAAGGAUUUUUUUUUGUUUCUGUCUGUGUUUAUUAAAGUUUACGGGCCAGCUGAUGUUCCCGCUUCACUCUCCACCUUCAGAUGUCUUCCUUGGUGACCUCCUUCCAGAAACAGACACACGUUCAGAUAUUAUGUUAUUCUUGGGUCUCAGUAGAAAAUCAUGUCCUUUUUAAACCCUGCUGGAGUACCCACUGCCAAAUGAAAAGGAAUAGCUUGAUGGAGAUGUUUCAGCUCAUUUAUAUACUCACACUCAUUCACAUGCACCUUAGACCUGUCUGUGUGUUUGUAAAAAAAAAAAUGUGUGUGUGGUCUGUCUUUGUAUCAUAUUGUGAGGUUUUGGGCUGUGAAGGGGGGACAAGAUUAGCAAGAGGAAACAUAAAGCGAGAAAGAAUCAUCAGGGGGGACAGGGAAGAAAGACAGGUGAUGGGAAAAAAGUGAGACAGAAGGCAGGAAAGAAUGAAGAAUAAUGAGGGAGGAAGAGAUGAAAAAGAAAGAAAAGAAGGCUAUCUCGAUGUUCCCUUUCCCACAGUGUCUGCUGAUGUACGAGUGUUGCAGGGAUGAGUGUGCAGAAUGUGUGUCCCCCAGAGCUUACAGACAGCUCUGAAUAAAUCAUGCUCUGUCAUGCUCCGUUAUUGUUUGUCCGAUGAGAACAAUCGAGACCAGUUGGGGAAAGAUCACCCUUCAGUUUCGUCUCGCGGUCUAUUCAGCAGCUGAGAUGACUUUGUUUCCUUGGAAACUAAAGUAUGUGAAAGAGGAGAUAGGAUGGGUGUUGUUAAGAUGAGUGGGUGAGUUCACAUCAGGUGAGGAGCUGCAGCGUUCAGACGAGGUCAACGCCGACUGUAAGUCCCCGCGGUUAGAUAUUCCUCUUUCUCCUCAGCUGUCAAUCAACCACUCUCUAUAAAUUACUCUUCCAAGCUUUUUCUGUCUUUCUCAUGUCCUCUUUCUUUCUCUUUUUACGCUGCUAAGUGUCUUUGGUAUUGGUUUCCUCUUAAUCCUCAUUAACAAGGCGUAAUUUUUCUCUCUUCAAUUCAAUUAUUAUUUUCUCUUUCUCUGCACAUUCCCCUCUCUGUCAAAAAUCUCCAACUCUUCCUCAAACUUUCCCUCACCCACACACACACACUGGCUCUCAGACUCUGGUCUGUAUCUAUUUCCUCUUAAUCCUCACAAGAAUGCCCUGUUUUAAUAAUAGGGGUGUAUUUAUCUUUGCCUCAUUUCUCUCCCUGUCUCUACAGGACAGGACAUGGCAGCCGUUACCAUGGCAAUGCCUACCCUGUGCCCACAGAUCACACAUCUGAACAUUUAGGCAUGAGCCAUCAUGCCUCUUGCCUUCUCCCUGCCGUAUAUGGCUGUCGAUGUGGCUAAAUGCCUAAAUCCCCACCCCACAUCGUUUGGCAGAAGUUGGUGAGGUUGUGGACAAUUUGGUGAGCACACUUUUCUCUGUGGGUGUGUGUCAUGUGGGCUGAGGCCACCGGGGGGCUCGGUUACAAUCUUGUCAAGGGCAAGGGAAUCAUAGCAGCAAUAUUAACAAUGCUAGGGAGCAGUUGAGGAAAGAAGGAAGCUAAACAUGCAGCAGACAAGUACCAAUAAAAAACAGUAAACGCAUUGAUUUUUCUUUUAAUUGUAGAUUGACUGCAUUCACCAUCUGCUUCUUCAACGCCUGUCUGGGCUUUACAGAUACUGUUUACCUCAGCUUUAGGCUAGACACUGUUUCAAAGUGCACAAGAGGAAUAAAACGUUUUGGGGAAGAAACAUGUUAAGUUACUGCAGGGUGAGGAUAGGACUGAGGCUAUUUUAAAACCUGAAGGCAAAAGUUUGAUAUUGUGGAUUUAAUUUCACUUGGAAACAAGACACUGACACAGAACGUCUUAAUACAUAAUGCCUCGAAUGCUCUUUGUUUUCUCCACCUGUUUCACCUUGCUUAAAGUGUCCUUGAGUAAGACGUUGAAUCACAACCUCCUCACUUAUCAUUUCGUCCCUUUGCACAACGUUGUCAGCUAAAACCCUAAAAUGUAUGAUGAAAGCCUCAGGUUAAUGACAGAAUCUAUAACGAAACUGAGAUUUUGCAAAACUUGUGUGAGCAUAUCUGUCCAUCACCACGCUGGCUCUUCACGGCUGUGAGCUCAUAGUGGGAAAAGCAGAUUAGCCAACAGGCCGCUGACAGUUGUGUCGGGUCUGUGCUGCUGCCUUGAUGGCAGCAUGGUCUGCGGCAGCAGCUGUUAGGGUUUUGGUGCUGGUGUUGAGAGCCAAAUUCCUAUCCAACCCCAGAGGGGCUGCAGAGAAACAAGCUUUAAAUAGGAUUUGACAUUAGACAACAACAAUGCUGGAUGUGACAUUUUUUGUUCCUAAAUUUUUCCUAGAUUUUCUGCCUUUUGAAAAGGUAAUGACUGAUAAUGAUUGAUGGAACAAAAAUUAAACGUGAUGAAUUUUGAAGGGAAGUAGGCAACUUGAGUAUUUGGAUAACACUUUAACAGAGUGCAUCUUGUGUGUAUUUUAGAGAUAUUAAAUCAUGAAUUCAGGAAGUUAUCUAAAAUGGAUGGCUGUGGACCAUUUUUUUGGCGAUUUUGUGGCAAGCGUCCACGCUAUGGAAUUUAAAAACAAUGUUGGCAGUACAUCCCCUCCUGAAUCAAUGUUUUAAGAAAUACCUUUUGAGCUUUACUAGUCUAAUCUAAUUUGAUGGAACAAAAAACAAACAAAACUCGCUGCCUUCCCUCUGAUUUCACAACCGUGUGCAGACCUUCUCUCUGUCUCUGUCUGUCUGGUAAAAAAUAAGGUCAUCCUUUCACUUACACGCUACCACAUGCAAAAAAACAAGACGUUUGUGCUUUAUAGCUAAACGUCAUCUCAGAAAUGUGACCACAGGGGUGUCUGUUCGAUCCCAUCAAGGGUGGGGGUGUGUGUUUGUGUUUAAGCUUUGCCAAGAGGCAUUUAACCAGAGUUAACUCCCAACUCUCAGCCUGCUGCAAUCAGGCUGCACAUCUGGUGAACAGUGUGUGUGUGUGUGUGCAUAUCUGUAUGUAUGCUAUGCACAUUUAAAAUCAUUUCUGUGUGUAUGUUCGACAGACAGAGUGACUCAUGCCAGAUAAGGGUGUCUGGCCUGCUGAAAGACAAGCCAGGGUUACUUCACUCGGCCUGUUGCCCCGUUAUUGCCAUGGCAACGAUCCUCUUGAUGAAUUCCUGAGAUCCCUAACAGCCUGAGGUCAUCAACCAAGAUAGCAGACCAAUAGGAUAAGAGGUGAGGGAGAGCAGAGGGAGGAUGAUUAGAGAAAUCACAAAACUCUUUUCUACUUCGUUCUACUGACCCAACCUGACCUGAGUGAAAAAAUGCAAAACUUCUCGCUUUCACUAAAUGUCACAGCACUGCAGAGCUGCGAAUAGUGACACACACACACAUGCAGUAUACACCAUUAACCAGCACACACCUCUCUUUUUAGAUAGUUUCUUAUUGUUUUUCAUUAAUUUGACUGACUAAUCACAGCAAGCAGACAAUUUGCAAGAGGGGCAGAAAAGUAGACAGAAAAACAUUUUUUUUAAAUCAUAAGCCAGGAAUAAAACAUGAAUGGGAAAUAUUUUUCUGGACUGAGCAAAGACAGGAAAACAAGAAAAAAGAGGGAGAGUCCUGUUUCAAACAAAGCCAAGGCUUGAUGAAUGGCGACUCGAAUCCAAAAAGAGACAUUUUGGAAAAAAAUCCUUCCAUCGCUGUUCCCAGUGACAGUCUUAUUGGAUGAAGCGUGGUUAUGACACAGGGAGAGGAGGGAGGUAAUAAGCUUGACCGAACGGCUGUGAUUUUUCACUUUGAUGAGGGAACGUCAUUGCGGCGAUGAAAUGAAAACCAUCCAAAUGAAGUGAGCAGCUCAUCAUCCCUGAAAAAGGAAAUCUAUAAACCAGUGACAGUUAAAGUGAAAACGAGGUUGUGAUGUUGAGCGAUUGGAGUGGUGUUUGUUCGCCUCACUGGGCUCAUAAUGGAUUUAAUAUGUUUGAGAGGCUGUGUCUUGCUCAAGGACACUUCGGCAGAUUGUGGCCACUCAGCAGAUGUUAUAUAGCACUUAAACAAACCUGUGAAACUUACGUUACUGGACAGUCUGACUAAUCGCAGCACUAGUCCAACACCUGUUGUCAUUUUUGUCUUGAUCAAUUGUAAAAUCAAUAUAAUAGCUGCAGCCUAUAACACAACAUAACUUGAGAAUGUUAUAGCUUAUUUACAGUGUCAAACAUUUUACCAAAGAUACAAGCUUUGACUCUUAAUUUGAUCAGGUUUUCUCGGGCUCUCCGCCAACAAAUAAUCUGCAAUAAACAUGGCUGUUUGCUUCAGGUGAUUGGAACAGAGGGAAUAAAUUAAAACUGUAAACGAGACGGGUUGAUGCCGCUGCAGACGGCAGAGGUUUGGAGUUGCGUUGCUAGGAAACAGUUUGGCGACGUCUUUCCUGUCAGUUAUUAAUAUUUGCAACAGGAAACAAAAUUGGACCCAUUUGGAAGGUUAUUGUGGAUGUAAGCGCUGUCAGAGAAUGUUUUCUAAAGAAAUAUUUACAUUGUUCUGUAUGCAGGUUGUCUGCUACACUAUACGUCAGUAUAUCAGGCCACUGUCAGUAUCUUGUUAACUGGAUAUCAGCCAGUCAGGCAGAUUUCCCCAGACUUUUGCUUAGCAACAUAUUUUCUUAAAAUUAGCAAUGUAUUAAGUUGCUUAGGUUUAUUCUUGCACAGGUUUUAUCUACCUAAAGGCUUAAAGGGGCACUCCAAUGAUUUAGUAUUGCACUUGCAUAAAGUUGAGGGACUUGCAAGACACAGAUUAAAAAAAGAAUGAUCAAGAUUUGGUGCAGCAGAAGUCGAGAUAUACACCAAGACGACUUGAUCCUACAUUUCCCAUAUUUGCAAUUCAAUAGCAUCUUUUUGCUACACCUUCCCUACCAGGUAAACUUUCACCUCUUUCAAACUCCAUGCCACCAGCUUAUAACACAAUUUUUUUUUUUUUAAUUUGUAGUCUCUAAACCCAAACUGAGAUUAUUUUCUCAAAUUUGAAAAAGCUCCUUCAGAGCCACAGAAAACAUUAUACAACAGUUUUCACAGGUGGAGUAGGACUAACCAUGACUAGUAAACCCCUUUAAUAUAUCCCAAGACUAAGCACCUUUUCAGAUACAGAAUAUCGUCACAAAAAUCAGAAACAGCCUUCAAAAUCCCCAUUAUCGGUCCAACCCUCUUUUCAGCACACACACUAACCAUCAACACAUGUUUGUAACAUUCAGCACGUAUGUGUAUCCAGUACAGAUGUGUGUCUCCAGGGCUGUGUUGCCCCACCACCACAAUCACCCCCCAUCUGUUGUUGUGCUUGUGUGUCUGCCUUGUCUUGGGGGCUUACAUGCCUUCACGGCUCUGGCCCCCCGCCAGCCCUGUGGUUUCCAACGAUUGAUCUUUUCCAAGAAACAUUAGCGGCAGGCAGGCCGGAAAUCAAGGAGGAGGGUGUGGGGGCGCGGAAAAAAGAGGGUCAUUUUACUGGGGUCCCUUUUUGACCUUGUUGUUGAAGUAAUUUCUUUCUUUUUCUUUCUCUCUGUGGCUCAUACAUGGAUCUGGAAUGUGUGGAAACCCUUAGAAAAGUACAGAAAAGUGCAUACUGUCUUGGUACACAAAAGAAUACUGUUUUCUUCUUCUUUUUUGACUCCUCAUCUCAUAUAUUUGGAAGUUUAUACUUGUGAAGAACAAUCUUCAUCGAUGGAACACUGUGGCUUAAACACUUCAAAGCUUCAAAUCAAAUCAAGAAAGUUCUUUAAAAUAGGAUUUUGAAAUAGAAACCAGCACAUGCUUCCCAUCAGGCCACAGCAACAGAAAGCCGUUGAUGUUGUCAUCUUGGCUGUAAACAUGUUGUUGAUUUUCUUCAUGUAAGCAACAGAAAGCAUUCACAUUCCACAAGCUGAGCGAUCACAUUAACUCUGACAGCUGAAACGAUGUGUCACCACUGAUUGGAAAAUACUAACCACAAGCAUUGCCCAAAACAAGUGCAAGUCUUUAACCUACUUUUUUGUGCUUAGUUGGACUUCGGGGCUGGAUUUGUUAGUAUUAGACUGAUACUUACAACCUACAGUUCACCUAAAUUACACAAAACUUGAAUGGAAUUUCAUUUAUGGUGCUUACAGCAUUGAAAAAUUACAUUUAAUGUAUUUCCAGCUUACCUUGGAACUACUAAACUACCAAUGAAAACUGUUAUUCUGUGAAUUAUCCACAGUAACAGAGACAUUGUUCCUGGAAAGAGAUGUUGCUGUUGAAUUUUUGUAGGUCAUUUUUCAAGGUUCUGACACCACAAAAUAAAUUCUUUUCACUUCCAUUGGGCUGGGGUGGAGGCAGAUAACUCAAAAACCUGUCCAAAUCAAACAAAAACUAUCUGCAUGGCCAGAAACCGAUAGAGGUAAGUGAGAACAUUUGGGUGAACUAACCCUUUACAGCGUAAAAAAGGAUUCUUCCACUGAGAACUAAAACCUUCCUUUUGUUUAUGGGUCUUUUUUAAUGAGUAACUUAAUUGGGCGUGGUCCAGUUCUGUUCAGUAAAGCAGCCAACUCGCGUUAACACGCGUUAAUCACACAUUGAAGUGGGCUCCAAUUCAGCAAAGAAACCCAUCAAAUUAAGCAGCAGUUUAGAAUCAGUGUUGAAUAUGAAAUAGUGGGAACAUUUGCUAUGAUGACUGGAAAACUCUUCCUCUGUAAACAUGUCACAUUUUUUCUGAUGAAUGUGUCUGGCAUUUAUAACAGCAAAAUAGGAGAGGUGUGUGUGAGUGAGUCAGGACUCAUAACACAUCUGAAUGUGUUCCAGGAGAGAUUGUUGGCUUCAGGGUAGAUGCAGGACAAGUCUGGUCCAGGAGUCCAUAUGUUGUGACACCGCAGAUCAAAAAGAUGAAAGUCAGUGUGGCACUGCAGACAGAUGGACGCAGUGACACAUACGUGUGUGAAAUGUCGGGCAUACAAACAAUCCGACACCUGGCUGCAGAUCAAAUGCCAUCAGGAACUGGAGGGAAGGGAUGAGUGUUGAAUGUGUGUCUCUCUUUGUGUAUAAACUACACUGUAUGGCCAAAAGUAUGUGGACAACACUGUCAACCAUAGGUUCCAACUGUGGGAAAGAUUAAAGCCCCUGAAAACUUAGCUUCAAAUCUUCAGUAGUUCUCUUCUCAACAUUAAAUAUUUGUGACCAAAUAGGCAACAAUCAAAGUUUAAAAAACAUUUUCAGGUACUGUUUAUUAAGAAUUUAAAGGAAUAGUUCAACAUUUUGUGUUGACACAGAUUAAAGAAACAUGAUACAAUGUGUUAAUUGUGUUAAUUUCCCAAAAUGUCAAAAUUUUUCUUUAAUGUUUAACAACUCUUAAUCUGCUGUUUCGACAUGAAAAUGCUCCCGUAAAUAAAUAGUUUUCCUAGUUUGGUGUGGAAGAGCAUGACUGGCCUGCACAGAGCCCUGACCUCAACUCCAACACCUUUGGGGUGAACUGAUCAAUGCUCUUGUGGCUGAAUGGGCGAUAAUCUCUGCAGCCAGGUUCCAAAAUCUUGUGGAAAGCCUUUCCAGCAGAGGGGAGGCUGUUAAAGUAGCAGAUUAAUGCCCAUGGUUUUGGAAUGAGAUGGUCAACAAUUACAUAUGGGUGAAAUUUUCAGGUGUCCACAUACUCUUGUCCAUGUAGUGUGUGUCUAUUUCUUUUUGUGUGCAUGUGUGUGAUCUACUUGAGCCUACCUGCAAUGCUCAGAAACUUGCAGUCCCUUAGCGGCCCAACCGGAAUUGAGACAGAGGCAGAGAAAGAGAGGGUGACAGGGUUAGAAAAAGGCAAAUGAAUGGAAGGGAAGAGUGAGGGAAAGAUGGCGAGUGUGAGCCUCCAGAGGGGUUUGAAUUCCCUGCAAUCAGAGAUGGAAAAAGGGAGCGACUGAUCCAAUCACAGACUUUCCACAUUUGUAGUCUCUACCCUUUUUUGUGUUUGGUUUUGUUUUGCACUUAUGCUUUUGUGCGAAGUCAAUCUAUGUGUCCUUCUUUCUGUUUUAAAAGUUUUAAUAUUGUUUUUGGUGGAAGUCUGAGAAACAGAGAGGCCCUCUGUUUUUCUGUUUAACUUUGUUUUUGUACUUUUUUGUAACUUCAUCCACUUGGCAGCUUGAUAUUUAAUGUCUUUUUAAGGCGGUGUGUGUGUGUGUGUGUGUGUGUGUGUGUGUGUGUGUGUAAGCUCAUAAGCACUGUCUCAGCCUACUGCUAGAAUAGACUUCCACUCCACCUCACAGAUCUUUUACCUCCUUUGAUGCCGUAAAGGGGACUUAAUACUGUGGCGGCCAUCUUGUUUGCUCUCUGUAACUGAUUUGUGAUUUUGAUGACAUCAUCUUUUCCUUGUGACUGUAACUGCAUCAAAUAACCACUUGAUUUAUGAGUUGCUUUUAUGUUUAAAUAUUUUUGAUGUUGUUUUUCUUUGAAGGUUUUAUUCAACUCAUUUCCCUAUCUUCACACAUGGCACUGCAUAUGCAGAUAAGAGUCACAGAUAACACACAUACAUACAAAGAUACACACAGUACAGCCUCUGUUUUUUACAGUGGUUUGGUUGUGGCCCUUUUCCUCUGCUGGUCAAACAGUCAGACUACUGUAGCCGCUCUGUUUGUGCCCUCGUUGUUAUGUGAUCACUAUGAAGGCUCACCAUUGUGUGACCAAAAAACAUUUUUGUCGUCACUCAGCCACUCAGAACUGGUUUGGGCCAGAGCCCCGACCUGAGAGGAACCCAGCAUACAGGCGGAAAAAAAUGCCAUUUUUGCCCUUAUCUUUUGUGUAAUGUUCUGUGUCUGAAUGACAGCAAAGUGGUGCUGGUUUGCUUUUUUGUGUUCUGCCCCCUUAUCAUUGAUAUCCUCUGUUUUUUUCCUCCAAAUAGACAAAGAUGUCAAAAAAAUGAAAAAAAGAAAGAGAUGAUUAUCUCUUUUGGAAAAAAGCUUUUUAUUUGAGUUGCUUGCUGAAAUGCAGAUAGUACUUCUGCCUGUAAAACUAUGAAUUGCACCUUAUUGGAGGGAUGUGGUUUUGUUUUAGUUUUGUUUUUUUAAUGCAUACAUAAAUAUAUAUAUAUAUAUAUGGGGGAUGUAUCUGUUUAUUUGUUUAUUUUUGUUAGCUAGUCAGUCAAUGUAUUGUAUCUUAAACAGGGUUAUGAUUUUGCUUACAGGUUUCAUCAUAAUUGAUUCAGUCACUGGUGUUUGUUGUGGUAGGGCUUCAUCAAGCAGCAUCAGAAAAUAAGCCAGAGACUGGUGAGUCCAACAGAUUUCCUAGAAUGGAUUGUGACACUGAUUAAAAAAUCUUUUUUAAUCUUUACUCCAUAAAACUAGAACUUCUGUGAGCACAGACUUCAAAAUUACAUGGACUUUGAGGUUUAUAUUGGGUCAUAAAUGACAUUUUAUCCAAAAAUGAGAUCCCUACACACACAGUGUUAAUCCAAGAUGUUUAAUGGAAAAAAUAUUGACUUGAACAAGUACGACUGUCUGGCUAAUUGCUGCUGCUUAGUGAAGCCUUGUCCACAGACACACACACACACACACACACACACACACACACACACACACACACACACACACAUACACACUGGCCUGUCCUCAGAGGAGGCUUGUGGCCUCUCCUCACAAGCAGGAUGCCACUAGGAGGCAUCCUGCUUGUCCUCUCACAUAUCACACAUACACAAACACUUCCUCCGCCUUCCGUCCAUCUUGUCCUUGAAAAAGGACAAAUGACUAACUGACAAAAGACACCAUGUUGCGUAGACACACACGCAUUUUCACACACACAAUUCAACAAUACGGCCUUGGCAGAUGACUGGCACUAGGCAUGGUGCUGCCACCUGGUCUCAUGUCCCUGGGGCAGAGUGCUGUCUGCAGCCAAUUAACUAACAGGGCCGGUUGCCAGGUCCAUAUCUAUCUAAUCCUCUCCACCCUCCCGCUACAUUGGUAGAUUUAGCCCUCCACUCCUUACACAGCCUUUGUUGUGUAAAAAAAAAAAAAGGUUUACAAUGUGACAGGGAUAAUGAUAGUAGGUUAGAUGACUCGGUUUGGGUGUGUUUUUUAGUGGAUAAAAUCUGGUGAAAGCAAGCAGGCUGCAGCACUUUGUCUGUGCUUUUUUAGUUGACCUAAAUGACAUUUGAGAGAUUAGCAGAAACUGUUCAUGCCUGCACUUCCGGUCCAUUUUUGUCUACCAGUGCAAAUACCUAAAAUACAAAAACACACCUACCUGAGUAUCUUACAGAAAUGUUUUUAUGUAGCCUGUAAAAAUACAGAUGUCGCUCCUUUUCAAGAAUUUUAAACAGGUUUGCAAAAGCUGUUGGGAGAUGACAAAGCAAGAUAAUAUUUUUUUCCUUUUAUUUUUGACACAAUGGCUACAUAUGAGGGUAACCUCUUGUGACAUUGUACAAUAACAUAACCUGUAUCUCCUGCCUCCCUCUGUCCCCAUGCACUGAUAAUGAUUGUAUAUGGUUGCAUAGAGUUAUUUUUUAUAUCAUUGUUGGGGCUUCAUCUUGUUUCUGGGAUCAUUUAUUAUUUUGUGCUAUUAUUUUGAAAUGGUUUGAUGGGUCUCCGUAAUCGGUGUGCGGGAGAGUGUGUGUUUGUGUGAGAGAGUGUGUGUAUGUACUGUAGCUUACUGAAUGUGUAUGUGAGAGAGAGAAGGGAAGAGAAAAAGAUUGGGUGUGUUGUUUUGUGGCUCGGUGUUCAGCCCUUUGCCUGUGUUCAUCAUUGUGCCAGUGUGUUCAGGUGUUCCCUUGCCUCUACAUCCCUUCAUCCAAAUGAAAGCGCGAGAACGGGAGAUGAAGAGGAGGAGGAGGCAGAGAGCCUUUUCCCUCAGGGGAAAAACCACACAAAUGAGAAAAGAUACUUUUGAAAAAAGGAUAUUUUUCUCCUCUGCGGGGUCACAAAGAAGAGUGUAAAUUUCUAAGUUAAUUGAAAAUGAUAAAUAAAAAAACUCAUUUGUUCUCUAUAUGAAUGGCUGUAUGUUAACCAUGAACAAAAAGUAAUGAGUUCUAUGACAAAGGCAUAUAAUAAAUUAAUUUUAAAAUUUUAA